GCCGGCCCGGAGCGCAGCGCGGCGCAGUCGGGCGCGCACGGCGGCAGCGGCGCGCGCGUGGACGAGCCUGGCGGCUGGACGGGCGCCCGUCGUCGGCCCGCGCGCAGCCCGCCGCCCCCCAUGAGCGCAGCCCCGCGUGGCCCGGGUCCGUAGGCGGCGGGGCGCCCCCCAUGCUGCUGCAGCCCGCGCCGUGCGCCGGCUUCCUGCGGCCGCCGGCCGCCCCCGGCGCCAUGCACGGCUCCCAGAAGGACACCACGUUCACCAAGAUCUUCGUGGGCGGCCUGCCCUACCACACCACCGACGCCUCGCUCAGGAAGUACUUCGAGGGCUUCGGCGACAUCGAAGAGGCCGUGGUCAUCACCGACCGCCAGACGGGCAAGUCCCGCGGCUACGGCUUCGUGACCAUGGCCGACCGGGCAGCAGCUGAGAGGGCUUGCAAAGACCCCAACCCCAUCAUCGACGGCCGAAAGGCCAACGUGAACUUGGCUUAUCUGGGCGCCAAGCCCAGGAGCCUGCAGACAGGUUUUGCCGUGGGCGUUCAGCAGCUGCACCCCACCUUGAUCCAGCGGACCUACGG